AUGGAGAACCCAGUGGCCGAUAUACCUACCGUCAUCCGACGUCUGACACAGUCCCCGCCAUCUUUGCAAGAAACCGUCAUCCACGAGUAUUUCACCAACAAUGCAUCCUUUGUUCAUCCGUUCUGCCGAGUACCCCACUUUGAAGGUAGCAGAUGGUGGGUUUCAAGGAUAUUUCAGUGGUAUAAGAUCAUGUCACCACGGAUCGAACUAGAGAUCCAUUCUAUUGCAUUUGAUGAGGAUAAGCUCAAGCUCUAUGUGAACAUGUCCCAGAUCUUCUCUAUCUGGCUUGUUCCCUUCCAUGUUGCUCCGGUGACUCUCACGACAGUCUUGGAUCUGACGCAUGAAUCAGUUAAGAGCGACGCUACGACCAAUGGUGACCAUAAGCGUUACUACAUUUCCAAACAAGAAGAUCUGUAUCAAACAUCGGAAUUUGUCAAGUUCCUGAUGCCGCAUAUCGGGUAUUGGAUUGUUUUUGUUUGGCAUCUCAUUGCAACGCUUUUCUGUGUCCUGGGUGUGACUUUGCUAUGGCCUAUACUGUGGCUGGAAGAGAAGGGUUAUAUCCCGGGUCGCUUUUUGAGAGGGGGCAAUUUGGCUUAUAACAUGGAGAGGAAGAUACCAGAAAUUAAAGGGCAAUAG